AUGGACGCGGUAAAGAAGAGAAUGGAGGAUAUGGCUAAGGAUUUAUCUGUUGAGGACGCUUCAUGGGACAUCCUGGAACAUGCUCGCGGACAUUUGGCACAUGUUGAACGUCAGACGUCUGUGAAAGCGCACUCGUUUGAAAAGCUACCAAAACUUCCGCCCAGGGGACGACAACUAAGUACAGGAGAUAAGGUAACUAACUAUAUAGCAUACAAUCCUGGUCAAAAAUGUUGGUACAAUUUACAUUAACAUUGCUGAAUUUGACACCCACCGCAAUAAUUAAGAAGCACAUCUAACCUCCCCUACAGUGUUGUGUUUUAGACUCGCAAUGUGUUAUGCGAUUCUGUACAAUGCAUGCCAAUGAAGCCACAACAUACGAAUUUUGUACAAUAUGUUUUGCUCUGUAUAGCUCCUUAUAGCAUUUUAAACAGUUAGAAUUGAUAAUUAUAACUGUACAUUAAACAGGCAACGCUAAUCGACAUGAUUAAUUGAUUAUCUUUAUUAAAAAGUAUCUAUUGACUAAUGUCAGUCAAACGGCACAACUAGGGACUCUUUAUUCAUUUUAUCAAGUGACCCAUGUUCUGAAAGAUUCGCGUAACUUAGAGCCUUAAACGGACACCAAAACCCCUUUGGCAUACAUGAUGAAAAUUUCCCCCACCCUGACCCCAGUAUUUCGUCAAAUGUCCGCCACUGUGUCUGAACAUGAAAUUGUGAAUACAAUAAUGCACUUAUAUCUAUAUGUCAAUAGGGAAUCUGGUACAGCACGUUGCUGAACUUAUUGUUUCAGCUAAUUAUGUCCCCUAUAAAUCGGCAUAAUAUGGAAAGUGCGACGUUUGAACUAGGCUUAAGGGUAAACCUAAAUAACUCUUUGUAUACGUUUGGUUAUCGAGGAAAAUUGUACAGUUGAUUAACGUGCUGUUGUUAUUAAUUUAAUUGCUUAUUAAGCCACCUCCUAGACCACCAAAACCAGGACGAAAACCUGACCCAAAACCGCAGAAAAACCCUGGCAGCAUGUUGAAGAGAUGGGUAAGCAAACGACGCAGUAACAAGAACCCCACGAACCCCACGAACUCCACGAGCCCCACAAACUCCACGAGCCCCACAAACUCCACCAACCCCACGAGCCCUACAAACUCCACGAGCCCCACGAACUCCUCGAGCCCCACAAACUCCUCGAGCCCCACGAACCUGACGGAAUUUAUGCUAGUAUUGACGACAUCUAUGAAGAAACGAUCUCUCAAAGUUCAGUUUCCGAGGAUUAUGACGCUUCUGGAUAUACUAAGCUGGAUAGCGCAUAUAUAUCAGUAAGCCAGAAGCCUAAUGCAAAACUUUUAAGGAACCCAUCGAAAAGCGAACAGGUAAGCCUACCAGCAUUGUUCAUUUACCUUCGAGUUAUAGGGCAGGCGAUUUACGUUUGCAGUGGUUGUAUAAACUCCCUGCAGGUCCUAACCAGUGAGCUCCAUAUAUAACAGGAGCGAGAACUCGAGCUCAAGAUUUACCGAGUCGAGCGCGGAAGGCCAAAGAAACUUCUAGAGGGGUCUGGGGCCGAAACGUUCUUAUUUUCUAAGGCAUACGUCUGUAUUCUAAAAGCUCACUCACACUCAAAGAGUGGAGCCGCGGUUCAAUCUAAGGUUCGAAUAAAACUAAAGGGCACUCAAUCUCGUACCCAGAGCAAUGCCUGUGCGCGGGCUAGGAUGGCAUUGGCUCUGGGGAAAUUGAAUUUUUCCUGUGCUGUGAUUGGUUUAACGUUUAUCAGUAGUGCAUGCCGACAAAGAACAGGAACCCCUAAAUUUAGGGAUUUCGGUUGUCAAUUUACCCAGAUGCAAUGCCAUCUUAGCCCGCGCACAGGCAUUGCUCUGGGUACGAGAUUGAAGGGCACUUGGAAAUUGCAUACCUCCGCCAGCGAAUUAAGUAUCCUGCAGAAAUUAUAUAAUAGGCUAAUUAUUACGCAAUUAAUUUACUCUGACCGGCAAACCAAGACAAAGUUUCGUUAAUUUCUCAUUCAAAUUUCAUUCAAGUUUAAGCAAAAUUUAAUCCGUUUGUCCUUGGGCAAUGUCCAUUAGUUCCACAAAUUUUCGUAUUAAUACGUGUGCUACUUUUUAAGUUAUCGCGCUGACACUCACGAACAAACAAACAAACAGACAUGCACGCACAUGCACAGACCGCACACAUAGGAAUCCGAAUGAAAACAUAACCUCCUGCAUUGGAGGUAAAAAUGGAGGCAGAAUUAUGCAAUAGUUCAAGGAAGAGUGUUUCACGAUUUAGUAGAUAAUUUCACCUAGGCCUCUUCACUAUUCGGAAAUCUCUUAUAUGAUCAUAUUAUUUCUACAGACAUCAUCAAUACAGAGUAGCCCCCUAGCACAGACUACCCGCCUACCAGCAAUACAGAGUAUCCCUCUACCAUCAACACCACAGACAUUACCAAUCAAGCUACCACCUCAAACCAAAGAAGACAAAGAAGCAAUCUAUGAAGCAAUUUCCCGAUUUCCUCAAGACCUAUCAGGCCUAGGUGUCGCAGACGUUAGUAGACUGCUUGGACAUUUAAAUUUGAGUGACUACAUGCAGACAUUUGAAAAUGAAUUGAUUGAUGGAACGAUGUUGGUCAGCAUGGAUCAAGACUCGUUAAAGUCUUUGGGCGUGAAACCAUUUCAUUGUAAGAAAUUGUUGGACUUUAUCGGUGGUUGGCGUCCGAGAGCUUAA